AUGGAGGCGAUAGAGAACAAGAGGCGAGCACAACAAACCACUUGGACCUUGCCGCCACUAAGACUCGCACAAUCCAUAUUCAACACGCAGCGUCCACUGUGGUAUAGAGACGAUGAGGGCGCGAGAGAGAAAGGACUACAGUCUUUCCAAGACUACGUGCGAAGUAGCUUGGCCAGCGGCAAUUCUGAUGACUCCGAAACUUUCUGGGAAGAAAUAAUCAGCAAGGUUCUCUUGCCCUUGACGAUGAUGAGUGACACGCCGCAAGAAAAACUAGUGGCUAUCGCAGCUAUUAACAAAUUACUUCUCUCCCCAUCCGACGACGCACAUCCAACCUCGGCUCCAGCCUCCGACUCCCCCAAUCCUAGCGCGACUUCCAAUCCCAGUGCUCAACGGCUGUUGUACCGACUUUUACGAUACCUCAAAAACCUGCUUCCUGAUCCGAAUCUGCAGUUUAUGGCUAACGAACCUCUUCAGGUUAUGGAGGGAGCAUCGGCCACCUACGGCACCAUCUUCAAGAUUGGUGGUCAGACUCUGGCGGAGACUGUGGGAGAGAUAGAAAUUCAACAGGCCGUCAGAUGGAUGAGCGAGACUGGAGGAGAAUGGAGUGGGAGUGCUACUCGCGCUUCGACCCUUGCGCAAAUUAGCAACGCAAAUGCCAACAAUCCUGCGGUCGCUCAGCCACAGCAAAAGAAAGUCGAAAAGGAAAAGAUACUCGCUGCGCAUGCGCGCAUUGCCGGAGUUCUUAUCCUUACCCAAAUCGCCAUACACUCCCCCGACCUUUUCUAUCAGAACAUCGAGCUAAUCCUCAGUCGAAUCAUGUACCCCCUCCGCGACCCAUCUAGGUUCUACGUCUAUACUGGUUCACUGGGUAGUGCGCUGGUUGGCAAAGAAGUAAAGGACGGCGCAAAAGAUGGGGCUGCAAUUGAACGUAGCAAACCCGCUUACGAAGCCAGAGAUGUUGUCCGCCGCAUAGCGGCAAGACUUUUCCGAGUCACCCUCGCUGUUAUCGCUUUACGCGAAUCCUCGCCAGAGGGCGUCGACACCUCCGAGGCGCCCAACAAGAUGUCUUCUAGUGGUGUACCUGCAUUGAGAGGUAGCAACUGGAAGUUGGACCGGAUCGCCAGCCAACCGCUCAUCACACCGGGGUCUAAUGCGUCCGGUGCUACCAAGACGAAUAAACCUCUCAUGAAAGUAGCAGCAGCGGCUUCCAACGACAUCACAAACUUUAUUCUUUCCUCCUCCUCUUCAAUUGAUAAAGACUUUAUACAAUCCCCUCAUUACCAACGCAUCGUUCAAUCUCAACGACACCACUCCGCAACUGGCUCUCAUGGUUCCAAGUCGCAACCUCCCCAGCCCGUCCAAGGUGACAUCAACCGAGCAUUUGGCGCAUUGCUCAUCUACCGCGAACUCUUUGACACAAAAAUGGCGAGUUUAGCGGGCGUCAUCGCGACUGAUCCAAGUGAACGAAGAAGGUCGUAUUUCGGCACGGCAGCUAUGGAUGACGAGCAUAUGCGGGACCUUAUGGGUGAUGCAUUAGACAUGAGACGUCAUAGUAUGGCUGGCCCCGCGGC